AUGCAGUCCGUCAUCAAAUCGCUUUCUUCUGAUGGGGGCCUACAGAGGAUUCUUCAGCUGGUAAAAGCUGACCUACGUCAUCAGCUCCCAACUACUCAACAGGAACUCUUCAGGUCGACCGUGCUGCCUUUCUUCAAGGUCAUCAGCCACCCGAGGGUGCUUUCCUCAGGGCUUCUCGAAAAUUCCAUAGGUACAAUCUAUAAUGCUCUAUUCGGUUCGAACGGUCAGUAUUCAAUUAACCUGUUCCGGUAUGUUUUGUGCAACGCAGACGGACUCUCCAUGGACGAAUUAGAGCCUACCAUGAUCGUGUUUUCCAAUGUUCUUGAUAAGAACGGAACUGCUCCACUCCUAGAUGGCUUCAAGCAAAUUGUCGACUUGCUUGAGGCAAAAAUAAAGUCUGUAAAAGAUGACCGCCGAGACUUGACGAGCAUCAACACCCGAAGGUUCCUUGACCGAGCUAAACACCGCCUUGGGCUAGGGGUCCCAUCGAUCCAACCGGUAACCUCAAGCAACAAGUCAGUCAAACCACGAGCUCGAUAUGAGAUGGUGAGCGACGGGCCUGGGGAGCUUUCAAAAGCCGGACCGAGACAUGACAAUGAUUUUGCGGACAUACAACACAUUCGGAUAUUGCCUACAUUCCAAGAGAUUCUCUGUGACCGGGCCCCUUAUUUGCCCGUUUUAGAUACCUCUCAGCUACACCUCCCUGGUAGUGCUGGUCUCCUUGAUAGGCAUUUUCGUCUGUAUCGAGAAGACGUUAUUGGGCCAGUCAGAGAUGCCACCAGGAUGGAAUUAAAGCGGCAAAAUAAUCCAAAUGGAUUUCUAAAUCCUUCUCACAACGGACUUCGCACCAAUGUAUACACAAAUCUUGCAUUUGAAGAUCUCCGGUGCCACGAUUUCCAAGGCAUAAUCGUUAUUGGUUCAGUCGACCAACCCAGUCAUUUGGCUGAGUCAAGUGAGCGAAUGCGUGAAGACUGGUGGAUAUCUCGAAAACGCUUACAAAAGGACUCCCUAGUUUGCAUUCUGGAUCCCACAGGACGGGUAAUAUUCGGCACAGUUACAGAGAUCAAGGAAUCGAAAGCCCACGUACAAGAAGGUAAUGAUGUGAUAUCAGAAGUAGAGGGUGGGAUUCCUUAUCAAGACUUUGCUUCGAACCCUCAUCGUGCUUUCCUCACGAUACUCCCAGCUGAAGAGAAGGACAUUCCAACUGUUGCAGAUUACUUCUCUCAGCGGACUAAGCCUCCGAGGAAUUUGACUCUUCUCGAGUUCCCGAAGAUUUUGCUUCAGGCAUUCCAACCCACCUUGGCAGUUAUCCAGGAAAUGUCAAAGGCGGGUGACCUUCCAUUCGCCGACUUGCUCGCUCCAACUGCAGUUGCCUCCGAGGCGGUGGAUGUGGGGCCUCCAAGCUAUGCACAGCAGCGAGAUUUCGGGUUUGACUUGAGUUGUCUUCUUUCGAAUGGCCGGAACUUGGUCCUCUCCCCGAAUGCUUCUUUUAACUUUAACCUAGGUUCUCUAACCGAGAACUCUACACUAGAUGAUAAACAGGCAGAAGCUCUUGUGCACACGCUGUUACGUCGACUGGCGCUCUGUCAAGGUCCACCCGGAACAGGAAAGAGCUACACUGGCGUUGCUCUGGCUCGCGUAUUGCUCAAGAAUAAGGAACGGGCCGACCUUGGCCCAAUGCUAGUGGUGACUUAUACUAAUCACGCACUGGAUCAAUUCUUAGAGCAUCUCCUUGAUGGCGGCAUCGAUCGAGUCAUUAGAAUGGGCAGCCGCUCUACGUGUGACCGACUUGGAGACCUGAACCUAAGGAUCGUCAGCAGAAACAUAGAUCGAACUAGCGAUGAAAAGAAGGAAGAGUACGCACGACGUAGGGUUAUGAUAACUGACGCGGCAUAUGUCACAGAAGCAUUGCGAAAACUAAAGCUCUCAAACACAUGUGACGGCCUCAAGGACUAUUUACGAGAGAACCACACAGAGCAUCACGACCAGCUCUGGGGGGUUGACGAGGACGGUUUCGAAAUGAUUUCCUACAGCUCAGAUUACAUUAUCCGCACAUGGCUACACGGAAAACCCACUAAUUCAAGGACCCAACAGGCCGAGAGAACGAUCGACGAGAUUCUAGCGACUCGGGCCAACGUUUGGGAAAUGCCGUAUAAUGAGCGUCGAAAGCUUCACGCGUACUGGGUGGACGAUUGCCAGACAUUAUGCAGGCAGAUGUUUCUUUCAGCAGUGGCAGGAUACCGUCAAAGCAAAACAAACCAUGAGGAUGCCAGGCGAGAAAUCGAGCUAAGGUGUCUUCAGGAGGCGAAUAUCAUUGGACUCACUACUUCUGGGUUGGCCCGCAAUAUGAAGCUUCUCAGACGAUUGCCCAUCAAGGCUGUCAUUGUGGAAGAGGCUGGGGAGGUGUUGGAAGCUCACAUUCUGACUGCGCUACUCCCAUCGGUCGAGCAUCUUGUACUCAUCGGCGACCAUUUCCAGCUGAAGCCUCAAGUCGCUAAUUACGAUCUCUCGUCUGAAAGUUCCCGUGGAAAGAAAUAUUCACUGGAUAUGUCGCUGUUUGAACGCCUUGUAAGUCCACCAAAGGAAGUCCUAGGUAUCAAAUUACCGCUUUCUAUACUUCAGACUCAGCGGCGAAUGCACCCAUCCAUUUCAAAUUUGAUUCGGCGAACGAUUUACCCACACCUUGAGAAUGCCGACAAUGUUUCAAUCUACCCAGAAGUUAUUGGCAUGCUCAAGCGCCUUUAUUGGCUGGACCACAACCACCUAGAGGCAGGCGCAGAGACGAAUGAACUUGUGGCGACAUCCAAGUCGAACGACUUUGAGGUGGACAUGUGUACUGAACUCGUCGGACACCUACUCAAACAAGGCGAAUACCAGUCUGGAGAGAUUGCGGUAAUCACUCCUUAUCUAGGUCAACUUUUCAAGAUCAAGGACGAGUUGUCACAGCACUACGAGAUUGUUCUUGAUGACCGCGACGUUGAAGCUCUGGAAAAGGCUGGUAUCACCCAAAACGAUCAGUUGCUAGAGCCAUUGAAAAUGUCUCCUCAGAUAAAAGCCUUCCUCAAGACAGUGAAGCUAGCUAGUGUUGAUAACUUUCAAGGUGAAGAGGCCAAAGUCGUUAUCGUGUCUCUUGUUCGGUCGAACAAGGAGAGGAAAUGCGGGUUCCUGAAAACCAUCAACCGGAUCAAUGUGCUCUUAAGCCGCGCCAAACAUGGCAUGUACAUUAUCGGAAACUCUGCGACAAGCGCUGGGGUCCCCAUGUGGUCUCAAGUUAUCGAUAUUCUGAAGAAGAACGACAAUAUUGGACCAAGCCUGGCGUUGUGCUGUCCGAGGCACCCUGAUACCAAAAUUGAGGUCUCAACUCGGGAUGACUUCCAACUAUAUGCUCCCGAAGGGGGGUGCAACCUCAAGUGUGAUCGGCGGUUGAAGUGUGGCCAUGCGUGUCUCCAGAAAUGCCACUCAGAUCUCCGACAUAAUAGCGUGAGGUGCCUUGAACCUUGUCCAAGGACGAAACGGGGUUGCAACCACGUUUGCCCAAAGUAUUGUGGAGACCAGUGCGAUCGUCGUUGCGAGAUGGUUCUCAAAGACAUUAAUCUUAAGCUUAAAUGUGGUCACGUUGUUUGCCAUCUUCGUUGUUGGGAACUCCAAACGCACGAAUCCCUUAAAUGCACGGUACAGGUUAAACGAAUAGUUCCUUGCUGUGGCCACACUGUUGACGUUGCAUGUCAUAUAGAUGUGGGCUCAGAAGAGUUUCGUUGUUUCGCUCCAUGCGGAGCCAAUUUGACGUGUGGACAUUCUUGCAAGCUUUCUUGUUGGUCAUGCCAGCAACAAAAUACAUGGCGCCAUGGGAGUUGCGUCCAACAGUGCAACCGCAAAUACAGCAAUUGUAGCCACAUGUGCCAGGACGCUUGUCAUCCAGGAGAGCCUUGUGGGCUGUGUAAGCAGCCCUGUGAGGUGGCGUGUAGCCACUCCCGCUGUGAUCAAGAAUGUGGACAACCAUGCAUCCCAUGCGCACAAGAAGAAUGCUCGUCCCGCUGUCCACAUAGUCAAUGUACGAUGCCAUGUGCUGCCCCUUGCAACUGGAUUCCCUGUUCGAGGCGUUGUUCGAAAACUUUAAACUGUGGACAUCAAUGCCCUUCACUCUGCGGAGAGGCCUGCCCAGAUGCAGAGUACUGCCAAAUUUGCGGACAUGCCUCGAUCAAGUCCAUGGUCGUGGACCUUCUGGAAUUUAAGCUCUAUCAGGACGUUGACGUAAACGAUGAUCCUCUCAUCAUCCCACCGUGUGGUCAUGCGAAGCUCAUGAGCAGUAUGGAUGGAAAUCUGGGCAUGUCUUCUGCCUAUGACUUGAACCCUGACGGAACUGUGAACGCCAUCAAAGAGUUUGAACCCUUUUCUAUUGGCAACACAAGCUCACCGAUGGCUGAGUUAAAGGACCUUCGUGGAUGCCCCGAAUGUCGCGGCUCAUUGCGUAACAUAAACCGCUAUGGACGUAUUGUCCGCCGUGUUAUUCUAGAUGAGGGAACCAAGCGGUUUGUGACCUCAGCUGGAGCGGGAUUCGGUCCUUUAGUAGAGAGGUUAUAUUCUGCACAGAAGCAGCUCGGAGAAUCUCAAGAGGCACAGAAUAAGCUCGACUUACCGCCUGUUCUGACUCUAAAAGAUCAUCGGAACGAUCAAUUCCUAUCUAUAUGCGCUGCUACUAACGGAUGGGGUCGAUAUGCAGAGAUGAGGGCAACUCGCCAAGCCAUUGCAAACUACUUUGUAAAAGUGCACAAAGAUGAGACUCCAUUUGCUCGCCUUUGGACUCUUGUUGAGCAUGCACAACGAAAGAAUGGCCGGACUAGUGGUAUCGAACUGCAAAAUCCAGUCUCGCACAUGGCAUUCCAUAUCAUGGCUCUAGCGCUACUCAUUCGUUGCGACGUAGUGUUACUCGCAGAUGUCCUGAACCAGCUUAAGAAGCUUAGCAAGGGACCAAUGGGUUUGCGACUCGAAGUCGAUCUCCGCAAGAACCGCGAGGAGUGCACUGAGCUCAUCAAUGAGGCUCUCAAGUCUAAAGACUAUGAACGUGCGGUCGAAGGACAUAUCUUCUAUACACGCUACUGCGUCAUCGAACGCUCUUUCGCCACUACCCCCGUUGCCAACGAAGCCAUCCAAAUAGAGGGUCAAACGCAUGUCACCGAAGCUUACCGCAUCUGUGAAACACACGGAGGCAAGCUCAGUUCCCUAGUUUCUGAAGUUAAAGAUGUCGAACGUAGCCUGAAUGGCGGGACUUUCAUCCAGCCCGUCUCGUCCGAGGAACGGAGAUCGGUUCUUGCGGCUAUGGCGAAGGAGUUUCGAGGUACGGGACAUUGGUAUCGCUGCGCCAAUGGCCAUCCUUUCUCCAUUGGUGAGUGCGGUAUGCCGAUGGAAUUGGCGCGCUGCCCACAGUGUGAUGCGAGGAUUGGGGGAAGGGAGCAUAGGCUUACGGAGGGGGUGGAUAGAGCGGAGGAUUUGGAUGUAGAGAUUGCGGGGAUGAACUUAGGGGGAUGA